CCGGGUAGAGAAGAAAAGCUUUGAUAGGAGAGUAAGUAAGGAAGUCCAAGUAUUAUGUUAGUGAGUAGAGAAAAUUGAGUUGGGUUUCUUGAAUGUGAGAUAGGCAUGCUUUCUCUCCCUUACUUCCCUUCCCCAUCCUACCUACCUUCUCUUCUCUCACCCACACUUUCAACCUACCCUCCUAUCCUUCUUUUGCCUUAAAUUUGUUAUUAAUUACACCUUCUUCUCCUCUCUCUCUCCCACCCACACCCUCUUUUGACAUAAACUCAAAAAGUAUUAGCCUUCUUUUGGGGUAUGCUAACAUUAUACACACAAAACAAAACUGCUUCAAAAGAAACGAAAGAAAAGAAAAGAAAGGCAAAAACUAAUUACUCCUUAGUUCAAGAAACAUGAUAUCCAUAGCCUCUCUUGAACCACCUAAACAAGAACUCUCUUCUUCUUCUUCUUCUCAAAAACAAAACCCAUCAUCAUCGUCAUCUGAAACUCAUAUUUUCAGGUCUAAAUUGCCUGACAUCCCCAUAUCUAAUCACCUUCCUCUGCAUACUUACUGCUUCGAAAACCUCUUCAAAUUAUCAGAUAAACCAUGCCUGAUCUCAGGUUCUACAGGCAAAACCUAUUCUUUCGCAGAGACCCAUCUCAUUUCCCAAAAAACAGCUGCUGGGUUAUCCAGCUUAGGCAUCAAGAAAGGUGAUGUGAUCAUGAUCCUCCUUCAAAACUGCCCUGAAUUCGUCUUUUCUUUCAUGGGUGCUUCCAUGAUUGGCGCAGUUGCUACCACCGCAAAUCCAUUUUACACCUCAAAUGAAAUAUUCAAACAGUUGAAUUCCUCGCGACCAAAGCUUAUAAUUACGCAAUCCCUAUAUGUAGACAAGCUAAGAGAUCCUGAUCAUAAAAUUCAACCAAAACUCGGCGAAGAUUUUACAGUCAUAACCAUUGAUGAACCACCAGAAAACUGUCUACAUUUCACAGUGCUUUCGGAGGCAAGCGAGACAGAAAUCCCAGAAGUAAUUAAUGCCAAUCCUGACGAUCCUGUAGCAUUACCAUUCUCUUCAGGAACUACAGGGUUACCAAAAGGAGUGAUAUUAACACACAAAAGCUUGAUAACAAGUGUGGCGCAGCAAGUUGAUGGAGAGAAUCCAAACUUAUACUUAAAAGAAGACGAUGUUGUGUUAUGCGUGUUGCCUUUAUUUCAUAUAUAUUCAUUGAACAGUGUGCUGCUAUGCUCGCUAAGAGCUGGUGCUGCUGUUUUGUUGAUGCAAAAGUUUCAGAUAGGAGCUUUGUUAGAGCUGAUUCAGAAGCAUAAAGUGUCGGUGGCUGCGGUGGUGCCGCCGUUGGUUCUAGCGUUGGCUAAGAAUCCUAUGGUGGCGGAGUUCGAUCUGAGUUCCAUCAGAGUGGUAUUGUCAGGGGCGGCCCCGCUUGGGAAGGAGCUGGAGGAUGCUCUGCGCAGUCGGGUGCCUCAGGCUAUUUUGGGACAGGGGUAUGGGAUGACAGAAGCAGGGCCAGUGCUAUCAAUGUGCUUAGGAUUUGCAAAGCAACCUUUCCCAACAAAAUCAGGUUCAUGUGGAACAGUGGUCAGAAAUGCAGAGCUCAAGGUCAUCGACCCCGAAACCGGUUGCUCCCUUGGCUACAAUCAGCCUGGUGAAAUUUGCAUCAGAGGACCUCAAAUAAUGAAAGGAUAUUUGAAUGAUCCGGAGGCCACAGCAAAUACCAUAGAUGUUGAAGGCUGGCUUCACACCGGAGAUAUCGGUUAUGUGGAUGAUGAUGAUGAGAUUUUCAUUGUUGAUAGAGUAAAGGAAAUCAUCAAAUUUAAAGGCUUUCAGGUGCCACCAGCAGAGCUCGAGGCCCUCCUUUUAAACCACCCAUCAAUUGCAGAUGCAGCAGUUGUCCCGCAAAAGGAUGAAGUUGCUGGUGAAGUUCCGGUGGCAUUUGUGGUUCGAUCAAAUGGGUUCGAACUCAGUGAAGAGGACGUGAAAGAAUACAUAGCAAAACAGGUGGUAUUCUACAAGAAACUGCACAAAGUGUACUUUAUUCAUGCAAUUCCAAAGUCUCCCUCUGGAAAGAUAUUAAGAAAAGAUCUAAAAGCCAAGCUAGCAACUCCCUCCCCAUUGUCUUGAAAUUUUUUUCCUGUUAUUUCUCCCUGUGUUAGGCAUUUUACUUUGUGGCCAUCCGGUACAAAACUAUUAUGAAUUCAUUCAGAGAAUAUCCUUUCCUAAAAUUUCUCUAGUUCUUUUUCCCUAUUUUCUUGUGUUAUUUCUCAUUCUGUUUUAAUGUGAUGUAAUUAUUUCCUUCUUGCAUUUGAUGUAAUUUGAUGUUAAUGAAGUUCUUAAUAAGAGUGGAAGUUUGAUA